AUGCAGCCGGUAGACUGGGGUAUCUUCUCUUCAAAAGAUAACUGUAGCAUUGAGGAUUCUUGCCUUCGGAGUUGCUGCAGAUUUCAUGGACGAAUUUCAGAAAGUACUGCUAUUGAGAGUGUGAAAUAUUUUGCAAAAGCAAUUAUUUCUAUCUUUGGUCCUGAGUAUUUGAGGUCUCCCAACAGCAAUGAUAUUGAACUACUACUAGCAUUAAACAAAACUCGUGGAUUUCCUGGGAUGCUAGGAAGUAUAGAUUGUAUGCAUUGGAAGUGGAAGAAUUGUCCGACUGCUUGGAAAGGGUCCCAUAACGACAUCAAUGUGUUAGAACGAUCCCAUGUUUUUUCUGAACUAACUCAAGGGCGUGCCUCUAUAGUUAAUUAUUCAAUCAAUGGUCAUAACUAUACAGUGCGAUACUACCUAGCUGAUGGUGUAUAUCCUUCCUGA